AUGGGUGAUGAGAGUAGGGAGAAGGAUGAUGAGAGGAGGGAGAAGGGAGAUGAGAGUAGGGAGAAGGGUGAUGAGAGUAGGGAGAAGGGUGAUGAGAGUAGGGAGAAGGGUGAUGAUAGUAGGGAGAAGGGUGAUGAGAGUAGCGAGAAGGGUGAUGAGAGUAGGGAGAAGGGAGAUGAGAGUAGGGAGAAGGGUGAUGAGAGUAGGGAGAAGGGUGAUGGUGAUGAGAGUAGGGAGAAGGGUGAUGAGAGUAGGGAGAAGGGUGAUGAGAGUAGAGAGAAGGGUGAUGAGAGUAGGGAGAAGGGUGAUGAGUGUAGGGAGAAGGGUGAUGAGAGUAGGGAGAAGGGUGAUAAGAGUAGGGAGACGGGUGAUGAGAGUAGGGAGAAGGGUGAUGAGAGUAGGGAGAAGGGAGAUGAGAGUAGGGAGAAGGGUGAUGAGAGUAGGGAGAAGGGUGAUGAGAGUAGGGAGAAGGGUGAUGAGAGUAGGGAGAAGGGUGAUGAGAGUAGGGAGAAGGGUGAUCAGAGUAGGGAGAAGGGUGAUGAGAGUAGGGAGAAGGGUGAUGAGAGUAGGGAGAAGGGUGAUUAG